AAAUGUUUUUUGAUUUUCUAAGUAUAGAAAAUCAAAUUUCCUUAGGGGAGAGACAAACAACGCAUCUGCUUCGCAUGAACGCAUCGCAUCUCUCUUUAGUUCUCUCCGAGUCGAAGUCAGACUCACGACACAAGAUACAUACCUUCUCUCAAUCUUUCCCCUAUUCCUCAACCUUCCAGGGUUAGGGCUCAGCAAAGGAGAGGUUGAAGAAGACGAGGAAGUGGUUGAAGAAUGGAGGGUUGGGAUCCCAAUACGAAAUCAACACUGACCCAAAUCCCUUUGCUGACGAUAAAGGCCGGGCCGAGGGAUGGGGCUGCCUGGACGCAGAGGCUGAAGGAGGAGUAUAAGGCAUUGAUUGCCUACACCCAGAUGAACAAGUCCAACGACAAUGAUUGGUUCCGCAUCUCCGCAGCCAAUCCCGAGGGGACACGUUGGACCGGCAAGUGCUGGUAUGUCCACAAUCUUCUCAAGUAUGAGUUCGAUCUUCAGUUCGAUAUUCCUGUUACCUACCCAACCACUGCACCUGAGCUCGAGCUCCCUCAAAUCGACGGCAAAACCCAAAAGAUGUAUAGAGGGGGUAAGAUCUGUUUGACCGUACAUUUCAAACCUCUUUGGGCAAAGAAUUGUCCCAGAUUUGGUAUAGCACAUGCACUCUGCUUGGGACUUGCCCCAUGGCUGGCAGCUGAGAUUCCCAUUCUUGUGGAUUCUGGUAUGAUUAAGCACAAAGAUGAUGCGACAACAUCCACAGAUUCUUAGUUUAUUUUAUAUGAACAUUCUCAGGCUUUUUUUUUUAGUUUCUUUCUUUGUUUCGGAACUAGAAUAAAUGUUAGAGGCACAAGUGUGCAUUUUACAGGAUGUCUCUUCACUCAUCAGGUGUACAAUUUUAUCUAUACUAAUAUUAUUAGCACUUGAGAUUUUAUAA